GUAUGAUGGAAAAGUUUACGAAACCAUGAUUGACUGGGCAUCAAAAGAACCAUUGAAUGCUAUUACAUUUGAUAGUAAUCCUUAUAGCGAGGAUUUGUUUAAGAAUAAUGUUAAGGCUAAAAUUUGA